UCGCCCCGCGCUGCCCUCUAGCGGCGGCGGACGGCGGCGCCGGCGGCUGGGCGUGACUUUCCGCGCUCCCUCCAGCCUGCCGGGGGGGGACCGCGAGUCAGUGAGGAGCCGAGCUGAGCCGGGACCAGCGGCGGCGGCGCCGCGCGAGGAGACUCCGGGCUGAAGGGUGACCCCAGCCCCCGGGGAGGAGAGCGGCGGGGCCCUGGGGACGCGGCACGGCGGCGGGCGGGCAGCUCCGGGCGCUUGGCGCCCCGCUCGCCGUGCCCGGGGACGCGAGGAGAGCAGAGCAGAGCAGCCCGCGGGCACCGCGCGGGGGAGCCGACCCCCUCCCCGCCUGCCCCACCGACUGGAGGGGGCGAGAGGGGCGCCUCCUACUUUGGCAAACACUUUGGCACUUUGCUGGCUGCGGAGCAGGAAGGGGGGGGAGUUGGUUGGAAAUAUGGGGAAAGUUGGAACUUGCCUGGUUACUUUGGCCGGACUUUUGCUGGCGGCGGGAGCGCAGACGUUCACAGGAUGCUGUACUUUUGAUGAGCCUUUUAGUUCUUGUGGCUACAGUCAGUCAGAUGAUGAUGACCUUAACUGGGAUCAGGUGAACACGCUGAUAAAGCCCUCCUCAGAUCAGUGGAUGCCAUCCGGAUCUUUCAUGUUAGUGAAUACAUCUGGGAGAUUUGCUGGACAGAAAGCUCACCUGCUGCUGCCUCAUCUAAAAGAAAAUGAUACACAUUGUAUUGAUUUCCACUAUUAUGUUUCAAGCAAGAGUGGAUCUAGCCCUGGCACUUUGAACGUAUAUGUGAAAGUCAAUGAUGGCCCUAUUGGUAACCCAGUCUGGAACACAUCUACCACUGGUACUUGGAACAGAGCAGAACUGGCAAUCAGCACCUUCUGGCCUAAUUUCUAUCAGGUUGUUUUUGAAGUGGUCACUUCAGGUCAUCCUGGAUAUGUGGCUAUCGAUGAAGUGAAAGUUUUAGGACAUCCAUGCACAAAAACUCCCCAUUUCUUGCGUCUUCAGAGCGUGGAAGUUAAUGCAGGGCAAUUUGCUACUUUUCAAUGCACUGCCAAUGGUAGAACAAAUACAGGCGACAGGCUCUGGUUACAGGGCAUUUAUGUAAGGGAUGCACCUCUGAAGGACAUAAAAGUGUUCAACUCUCGACGAUUUGUAGCUUUUUUUAAUGUGGUGAAUGCCACGAAGAGGGAUGCUGGCAACUACCGCUGCAUGAUUCGGACUGAAGGAGGGGUUGGUGUAUCAAACUAUGCAGAGCUAAUAGUCAAAGAGCCACCUGUUCCCAUUGCUCCACCUCAGCUGUCUUCAGUUGGCGCAACUUAUUUGUGGAUACAGUUGAACGCCAAUUCAAUCAACGGGGAUGGACCCAUUGUUCAGAGGGAAGUCGAGUAUCGAACUUCAAGUGGAAGCUGGUAUGACAUCCAGCCGGUGGACUCAACGAGCUAUAAGAUCGGGCACCUGGAUCCUGAUACAGAAUAUGAAAUCAGCGUCUUACUUACAAGACCAGGUGAAGGAGGGACAGGAUCUCCUGGCCCUGCUCUUAAAACAAGAACAAAAUGUGCUGAUCCAAUGCGUGGACCACGGAAACUAGAGGUUGUGGAGAUCAAAUCUAGACAAAUCACUAUUUGCUGGGAACCAUUUGGAUAUAACGUUACACGUUGCCAUCGAUACAACCUUACAGUGCAUUACCGUUACCAGGCUGGAGGACAAGAGCAAGUGAGAGAAGAAGUAAGCUGGGAUACAGAAAGUUCACAUCCGCAGCACACAAUUACCAAUCUAUCACCGUAUACAAAUGUCAGCAUAAAACUGGUGCUAAUGAAUCCCGAAGGACGAAAAGAAAGCCAAGAACUUGUAGUGCAAACUGAUGAAGAUGUCCCGAGUGCUGUACCACUUGAGUCCAUUCAAGGGAGUACCUUUGAAGAGAAGAUUUUUCUUCAGUGGAGAGAGCCAGCGCAAACGUAUGGUGUGAUUACUUUGUAUGAGAUCACCUACAAAGCAGUCAGUUCCUUUGACCCAGAAAUAGAUUUAUCUAAUCAAAGUGGACGAGUCUCAAAGCUAGGAAAUGAAACUCACUAUCUCUUCUUUGGACUAUAUCCUGGCACUACCUACUCUUUUACCAUCAGAGCCAGCACAGCUAAAGGCUUUGGACCUCCAAUCACAAAUCAGUUCACCACUAAAAUAUCAGCACCCUCAAUGCCACCCUAUGAACUCGAAACACCUUUGAAUCAAACUGACAGCACUGUGACAGUCUUGCUGAAACCUGCACAGAGCAGAGGCGCUCCUGUCAGUGUCUAUCAAAUAGUUGUUGAAGAAGAGCGCCCGCGGAGAACCAAAAAGACAACUGAAAUCCUGAAGUGCUACCCAGUGCCCAUUCAUUUCCAGAAUGCUUCCCUGCUGAAUUCCCAGUACUACUUUGCUGCAGAGUUUCCAGCCAACAGUCUACAAGCUGCUCAGCCUUUUACUGUUGGUGAUAACAAAACCUACAGUGGUUUCUGGAACACUCCUCUUCUUCCUCAUAAAAGCUACAGCAUCUAUUUUCAAGCUGCUAGCAGAGCCAAUGGGGAAACCAAAAUUGACUGCGUCAGGGUAGCCACAAAAGCUGCGAUAAUCGUGACUCAGCUUACAACACCAUACAUUCGCAUCGCCCCUGCUGCAGGCGACGACCAACUAACAGGGGCUGCCACUCGAAAACCAGAUCCAGAGCCUGAAAAGCAGACCGACCAUACUGUUAAAAUUGCUGGAGUCAUUGCAGGCAUCUUGCUGUUCGUCAUUAUAUUUCUGGGGGUUGUGCUGGUAAUGAAGAAAAGAAGAAGCUAUCACUCCUACACUUAUUACCUAAAAUUGGCUAAAAAGCGGAAAGAGACAUUGAGUAGUACACGGCAGGAAAUGACAGUGAUGGUGAAUUCAAUGGAUAAAAGCUACACUGAGCAAGGCACCAACUGUGACGAAGCUUUCUCUUUCAUGGACACGCACAAUCUAAAUGGGAGAUCUGUAUCUUCACCAUCUUCCUUUACAAUGAAAACUAACACAUUGAGCACAACAGUGCCUAAUUCUUAUUACCCAGAUCCAUUUGUGCCAACUGCAAUUUUAGUGCCAAUCAAUGAUGAAACCCACACGAUGGUCAGUGACACAAGCAGCCUGGUCCAGUCCCAUACAUACAAGAAGCGAGAUCCAGUGGAUGUACCCUACCAGACCGGACAGCUUCAUCCAGCCAUCCGUGUAGCUGACUUGCUGCAGCACAUCACCCAGAUGAAGUGUGCAGAAGGCUACGGAUUCAAAGAGGAGUAUGAAAGUUUUUUUGAAGGACAGUCUGCACCGUGGGAUUCAGCUAAGAAAGAUGAGAACAGAAUGAAAAAUAGAUAUGGGAAUAUCAUUGCAUAUGAUCAUUCUCGAGUGAGACUGCAGCCCAUUGAAGGAGAAACAAACUCCGAUUACAUCAAUGGAAAUUAUAUUGAUGGUUAUCAUAGACCGAAUCACUACAUUGCUACACAAGGACCAAUGCAGGAGACAAUAUAUGACUUUUGGAGGAUGGUAUGGCAUGAAAACACAGCCAGCAUCAUCAUGGUUACUAAUCUCGUAGAAGUGGGAAGGGUCAAAUGCUGCAAAUACUGGCCAGAUGACACAGAGAUAUAUAAAGACAUUAAAGUUACCUUAAUAGAAACAGAGCUCCUGGCUGAAUAUGUGAUUCGAACAUUUGCGGUAGAAAAGAGAGGUGCUCAUGAGAUCCGAGAAAUUCGGCAGUUUCACUUCACUGGCUGGCCAGACCACGGUGUACCAUACCAUGCAACAGGCCUGCUGGGAUUUGUACGGCAGGUCAAAUCCAAGAGCCCACCAAACGCUGGCCCUCUGGUUGUCCACUGCAGUGCUGGUGCUGGCAGAACUGGGUGCUUCAUUGUUAUUGACAUCAUGCUCGAUAUGGCAGAAAGAGAAGGCGUUGUAGACAUAUACAAUUGUGUGAGGGAGCUUCGAUCUCGGAGAGUUAACAUGGUGCAGACUGAGGAACAGUAUGUAUUCAUCCAUGAUGCCAUCCUGGAAGCCUGUCUUUGUGGGGAGACAUCUGUUCCAGCUUCUCAAGUUAGGUCUGUUUACUAUGAAAUGAAUAAACUGGAUCCUCAGACUAACUCCAGCCAGAUCAAAGAGGAGUUUAGGACUUUAAAUAUGGUGACUCCAACACUGCGUGUGGAAGACUGCAGCAUAGCACUUUUACCACGAAAUCAUGAAAAGAAUCGCUGUAUGGAUGUUCUGCCUCCAGACAGAUGCCUGCCUUUCCUCAUAACUAUAGAUGGAGAGAGCAGUAACUACAUUAACGCUGCACUGAUGGAUAGCUACAAGCAACCUUCAGCUUUUAUAGUUACACAGCAUCCCUUACCAAAUACUGUCAAAGAUUUCUGGAGACUGGUCCUAGAUUAUCACUGCACUUCAAUAGUUAUGCUGAAUGAUGUGGAUCCAGCACAAUUGUGUCCCCAGUACUGGCCAGAAAAUGGAGUACACCGACAUGGUCCUAUUCAGGUGGAGUUCGUAUCAGCUGAUUUAGAAGAAGACAUAAUCAGCCGGAUAUUCCGAAUUUAUAAUGCAGCCAGGACCGCAAAAAAUGCUGUUCCUUCUCCCUGCUUGUUGCCUGAAUCUGUGCAGCCCCAGGACGGCUAUCGGAUGGUGCAGCAGUUUCAGUUCCUGGGGUGGCCCAUGUACAGAGAUACGCCGGUUUCGAAACGCUCUUUCUUGAAGCUCAUCCGUCAAGUGGAGAAGUGGCAGGAAGAGUAUAACGGGGGAGAAGGGCGCACGGUCGUACAUUGCUUGAACGGAGGUGGCCGCAGUGGGACGUUUUGUGCAAUCAGUAUUGUUUGUGAAAUGCUCCGACAUCAGAGGGCUGUUGAUGUAUUCCAUGCUGUGAAGACACUGAGGAAUAAUAAGCCGAACAUGGUGGACCUUCUGGAUCAAUACAAAUUCUGCUAUGAAGUGGCUUUGGAAUACUUGAAUUCUGGCUGAUGGCAAAGACAGCACAGACAAAGCUCCUCCUCUCACCCCCACAAGCAAAGCAAGUUGCUUCAUGAUACCCGUGUAAAUGAGAUGAAGACUUCUCACUGUUAUGCUUAUACUGCUUUGUAUAAUUGGCUCUUUUUAAGAGCCCGAAAAGAUGUUUAUAAAACUGCUUGCCUUGCCCAUUUCCCACUCUAAUGCCGCUGCUUGACACCCAUACGAACAUGCGCCAAACCACAUGGCAGUUGUUGAACACUACAUUCAUACGUAGCCAUUGAUGUGGUGAAGCAGCAUAGUCCUCUGGUAAAUAAGAGAGCACAAUUAUAUUCUUAUGAAGGAAUUUGUACUUUUCUGUUAUAUUUCAUUGCCUGUGAUUCUCAGUUAUUGUCACAGCCUAGUGUACAUUUCUGUUCUGUGGAGAAUGCUGUCUGGCAUUUUGAUAAUAUAUGAUUUUAGUUAUAUUUGUAUUCUAACACGUGCAUAAUAAAUGAAUCAUAUGUAGCUUAUCUGAACUAAUGGAAACACAUAUACCAAAUCAUGUUAACUUUGUUGAAUUGUAAUUUCUAUCCACUUUGUACCAUUUCAGAGAAUCUUGAUAGAAAUACAAUUAGAAGAUGCAAAAUACAGGAUGCUCAGAUUAAUAUAUCCAAAGCUUUUUCAUUUGUUUAUAUUGUAAAUAUUUUUUGAUUUCACCAAAUUAUUUAUUCAUUAAAAUGAAUUUUUUGUGAAGCACAGUGAGUGACAAUCAUUUUUAUUACGCCCUGGAAAUGCUUACUGUAUGAUAAUGUAAACAUUUGUUUACCUUGUAUGGAUUCUCAGCUCAAUAAAUAAUUACAUACAU